UCUCGCCGUCCCACCGCAAGCGCAAGCAGCGGCGGCCUCUCCUCUCCAGCCCCGACGACGCAUCGCCGCUCGCCGCCGAUCCACUCGUCUCGCGCCACCCCACGAUGGCCACCGGCGGCGGCGGCGGCGGGGACAUCGGCGCCGACUCGGAGCGGCGCCUCAAGAAGGCCAUGGACAAGCUCUACCACUUCCCCAAGCCCAAGGCUGGCACGGGGCCCGGCUCCUCCAAGCCCUCUUCCGCAUCCACCUCCUCCGCUCUCAGCAUCGGGAGGGCGGGGAAGGCGGCUGGCGCAGGGGGGAGGAGGUUCGGGAUGGUGCGGGGCUCGCGGCUCCCGUCGCAGCUCGCGGCCAUGUCGGCGAUCUCGCCGCCGCCGCCGUGCCGCCCGUGGGACCGCGCCGACCUCAUGCGGCGGCUCGCGACCUUCAAGGCCAUGACCUGGUUCGCCAAACCCAAGGUUAUUAGUCCAGUUAACUGCGCAAGGAGAGGAUGGAUUAAUAUUGAGCCCGAUGUUAUAACGUGUGAGGCAUGUGAGGCACGGCUUCUGUUCUCCACUCCUUCCUCAUGGGCACCGCAGCAAGUUGAAAAGGCUGCUGCUGUUUUUAGCUUGAAGCUGGACAAUGGACAUAAACUACUCUGUCCAUGGAUUGACAACAUAUGUGAUGAAUCACUUGCCUUAUUUCCACCAACACCACCUCCUGUUUUAGUUGAGAAUUACCACGAGGGUUUCUCCUCACUUCUACGACUCUCAGCACUUCCAAGAAUCUCGUGCUCUUCUCUGGAGAGCAUGAAGAAGAGGAGCCCACAGCUAGAGCAGUUUCUAUUGAAACCGUUCUCUUCAUCAGUUGUCCUUAAAGGGGGAUUUAUACUUACUGAAGAUUCAACAAUUAAGGAUUUGGAUCACACUUUUCAAGAUGCUGACACAUAUUAUCAGGCAUUGAAGAUAAUAAGUUUGUGUGGUUGGGAACCCCGCUUGCUACCCUAUGCUGUUGAUUGUGGAACUAAAUCUCAUUCAGAUGCAAACUCUUCCUCUACAUUGACCCAACCAGGGCUAAUAAAUAACUCAAUGGAAGAUCGGGUUGUUGUUUAUGCACCUAAUGAAGUUGAUGGUUCAACAGUAAUUGCAGAUGCUCGUCAAGCAUAUCAGCAUUACGAUCCAUUAUCAGUUGUUUUAGAUUGUCAAUUUUGUGGAGCUUGUGUUGCCUUGUGGCCUUUUUCACUUGUAGAACGACCUCUUCAACUCUUUAAGCUGAUAUCAGAUUCUAGUAGGCAAGAUGAGCAAACUGAGGGGCAUGCUGGCAGAGUCAGUGGCGCAGGACCUUCAAAGACUGCGAAUAUUGGUUUUAAUUUCACUAUUGCUGGUGGUCCUCCGCCAACUAGACAGAAUUUUCGGCCAAGAGUUUCCUUACCUGUUGUCAGUCGACAUUUGAAAGCUGACUUAAGCUCCCAUGGGCAUUUUAUUUCCUCUGGAAGUGAUAACCACAUGGUUCCUGUUACUUUGCAUGCUUCAGGGCUGACCAAACACAAAAGAAGCAUGGAUGAGUCUCAUAUGUUGGAAGGCAACAAUACAAUCUCAACUGAUGCUGGCACAACCACCAAUGGAGCAGAUCAUCAAAGAGAGAAUUCUGUAAAUGGCACAUCAAACUUGGUAGCAAACCCUGAACACCAACAAGGGGGUUCACAUUCAGAUACAAGUAGGGUUACCAGCACAGGAGAAGUUUCCAAUGAAGAAUCAGAAACAGGUCAUGCUGCAAUCAAAAGUCACACAAGCACAGAUGAACUUGGCCAACAUGGAUCAGAUCCUAAAUCUUUACCAGUUGAAGAUUCUUCUAAUGCUCAUGAUUUGGCAAAGACUUGCACGAACAAUUCCAGGCCAGUUCAGGCUGCCACACUCACAAAAUCGUCUAACGAUGGGGAAAAGGGCGCAUCUCAACCAUCAGGAAGCCAAGGCCUGUAUGACAAAUUGAAUGAAUUUGAUCCUAUGAAGCAGCACAGGACUUUCUGCCCUUGGAUAUGCCCUGAUGGUGGUGAAACCUUGCCUGGAUGGAGGCUGACACUGCCGGCAUUACUUUCUCAGGACAAAAGAAUUGAUGAGGAUUCACAAGUGGAGCCUCAGAUUAGCCUUCUUAGUGAGGAGGAUGACCCUGUUACGUCUGUUAGAAAGCUUUUCAUGACACCACCUUCAAAGAAGUUGAGGAUACAUCGGGCAGAGAAGGGCUGAUAAGUCAGAACUGUAUUGGCCAGAGUUGGGUGUUCAGGCGAGUCUCUUCCAAUCUGUCUAAACAUGUUUGGGACACUGGUCGCGAGCUCUCCACCUGUGGCCAUGAGUACUGUGAUAGAAGCCAAACUGUUUUCACGGGUUCCCUAGAACCAGAUUUGUUGGCGAGACGGCUGAAAUCAUGAGACACGACCAGCCAACCAGGUCUGCUGAAAUCUGUCUGUAUGCAUUGUAUAAAUGUCGGGUGGUGGGAACAAGGAAAGAAAAGCGUAAGGAUUUGUGGUUUGUUCCAACGGCAUGCUUGAUUAGGACGAACACUGCCUGGAAAUCUUACUGUAAAGACCAUUGGUUAUUCCUUCCUUUCAUGGUGGUUUAAAGAAAAAAAAUGGAGGGCAUUCAUUUCCUCCCCCCUGGAAUUUUUGUAGCUUAUUACUAGUAAUGUUUGUGGUUCCAGCACCUGUGUAAACUGUUGCUCCAAAAAGAGUCAAGCUUUGCAGCUGUUUGAUGCAUCGCCUGCCCUUCCUUCCUGUAAUUGAAACUUGUGACAGCUGAAAAGGUUUUGUGC